AUGCAGCUUCAACUCCUCACCCUCGCUACCGCCCUUCUCUUGGGCACGACGGCCGCCCACCCAGGACACCACGAUGCCCUGAGCCAUUCAGAGAUUGCUCGUCGCUCAAACCUCGCGAAGCGCUGCUCCGUUCAGGCCGGUCAGUUCAGCGAGAUCCGCAAAAAGCGUGCUGCUGAGAAGCGCUCACUUCUCAGCCGCUCUGUUGCUCAGCGCGACAGCAACGUCACCAUUUACACCGAGGGCCCUCACUACAACACUGUCCAGAACGACACUUGCGUCCUGACCCCCGAGGUUACCGCAGGUCCCUAUGUCUGGCCGCGCUCGCAAACCCUGCGCCAGGAUAUGAGCGAGGGCCAGGUCGGCGUUCCGCUCUACCUGGACAUCGGUGUUCUCAACGUCAACACCUGCGAGCCCAUGGAGGAUGUUCUGGUUGACCUCUGGCACUGCAACGCUACUGGAUCCUACAGCUCCUUUACCAUGCAGGACCCCAACACCCCCUUCGAGGAGCUCCUUGAGCAGCUCAACGUCACCAUCGGCCCCAACCUGGACCUUCACACCGACGACACCACCUGGCUCCGCGGUAUGUGGCCCACAGACUCCAACGGCAUCAUGGAGAUGAAGACCGUCUUCCCCGGCUUCUAUGUUGAGCGCACCAUCCACAUCCAUGCCCAAGUCCACACUGAAUGGACCGUCCGCAGCAACGGUACCAUCGUCGCCUCCAACACCGUCAGCACUGGCCAGCUCUUCUUCGACGAAGAGCUUAGCCAGCAGAUCAUGGCACUCGAGCCUUACGUCAGCCACACCGAGAUCAACCGCACCACCAACGCCAUCGACGACAUCUUCGCUAGUGAGUCUGCUGGCAACUGGAACCCCAACAUGAUUGUUGAGCCGCUUGAUGGCGAGGAUGUCACCAAGGGCAUGCUCGCUUACAUCACUCUUGGCGUUGAGGCAUAG